UGUUGCUUAAAGUAUCAUUUUGGUCUCUCUCAGUUUUGUGGAGUCUGCAACAAAAAUGGGAUUGGAAAUGAGAGGUAUCACUCUAAAACCCUCAAUUUCACUGAAUUCUCUCCUCUUAAACCCGAAUUCAUUGUAUGGGUCAACCCGAAUUGGGUUAAAAAGAACACCUCUUUUGGUUGUUGCUUCUGUAUCCUCUUCAUCUUCUGCUUCAAUUAUCACUCAUGAUCAAUCCCUUUCACUUGGCCACUCUACUCGUCCUGAUUUUCCUAUUCUUCACCAGGAGGUAAAUGGACGGAAGCUUGUCUACUUGGACAAUGCUGCGACUUCUCAGAAGCCGUUAGCUGUGUUGAAGGCUUUGCAGAGCUACUAUGAAGAAUACAACUCGAAUGUGCACAGAGGGAUGCACUAUUUGAGUGCAAAGGCAACAGAUGGAUACGAGCUAGCCAGAAAGAAGAUUGCAGCUUUCAUCAAUGCGAAAGAGUCUACUGAGAUUAUUUUCACUAGAAAUGCUACUGAAGCAAUCAAUUUAGUGGCUUAUUCUUGGGGUCUCUCUAAUUUAAAAGCUGGCGAUGAGAUCAUCCUCACUGUCGCUGAACAUCAUAGUGCUAUUGUUCCAUGGCAACUUGUAGCUCAGAAGACUGGUGCUGUUCUGAAAUUUGUGAGUUUGACCGAUGAAGUUCCUGAUGCCAUGCAACUAUUGGAGCUAUUGUCAAGAAAGACGAAGCUUGUGGUUGUUCAUCAUGUCUCAAAUGUGCUUGCUUCGACUCUUCCGAUAGUUGAUAUAGUGCGCUCAGCUCAUUCCGUUGGAGCGAAAGUCUUGGUAGAUGCUUGUCAAAGCGUUCCACAUAUGGUAGUUGAUGUUCAGAGCCUCGAUGCUGAUUUUCUUGUUGCUUCUUCUCACAAGAUGUGUGGACCUACAGGUGUUGGGUUCUUAUACGGGAAAGAGGAACUCUUGGCGGGCAUGCCUCCUUUCUUGGGUGGCGGAGAAAUGAUUGCUGAUGUAUAUCUGGACCACUCGACCUAUGCUGACCCUCCAUCAAGAUUUGAGGCUGGAACACCAGCAAUUGGAGAGGCUAUUGGCUUUGGAGCAGCUAUAGAUUAUCUAUCAGGAAUUGGCAUGCAAAUAAUUCACGAUUAUGAGGUGGAAUUGGCUGACUAUCUAUAUGGAAAGCUAGCUUCUGUCCCUAAAGUUCGGAUUUAUGGCCCAAAGCCAACCCAGACAGUCAGACGAGCUGCUCUUUGUUCAUUUAAUGUGGAGAACAUACAUCCAACUGAUAUUGCAACUUUCCUUGAUCAACAGCAUGGGGUGGCCAUCAGGUCAGGUCACCAUUGUGCCCAGCCUUUGCAUCGCCAUCUAGGGACAAAUGCCAGUGCUCGCGCUAGCUUAUACUUCUACAACACCAAAGAGGAUGUCGAUCUUUUUAUUGAAGCACUCGAUGACACAAUUGCGUUUUUCAGUUCAUUCACGAGGAGAUGAAACAAAAAAACUCGUGUUUCUGUCAAGAUUUUAAUCUGUUUUAGAGGUCUCUUUGAUCAUCUUUGUACAUUACUGUAAUCCCAUAAUCUAAUAUUCACCACAUUAUUUAUGACGGUCUUGGUUAAGUGAUACUAUUUGUCCAAAUUUUUUGAGAUCAACUUUGAUAAUGUUUUGGAUCUGUGGAUAGCAUAAAUUGGGCAAACAUUUUCAGUUUCA